UUUUUUAUUUCGUCUUCUGCGUCACUUAUCCGUAUCGUUCACAUGAUGUGUACUUGAAAUUUUAAAUGUGUUUCCUAUUUUGAAAUAGAUAUGAAUUUAAUCUGUAGUGUUCAUUAGUGUUGUGUCGUGAGCACUGAAGUACGGUAACCGUUAGUGUGGCAUUUAGCAUAUUUCACAUCAUUAUUAUAUUUAUAUAUCAUUUACUCCUAAAAAUACUAUCCAGUCAAUAUGUCUAGCACGAAAAACGGCUUAAACGGCUCGCCUAGAAAGAAACCUAGAACUGAUACUGAAACUAAGGUUACUGUAGUUCUCGGGGCCCAAUGGGGCGAUGAAGGAAAAGGAAAAGUAGUGGAUAUGCUCGCCGAAGACGUAGAUGUGGUUUGUCGGUGCCAGGGUGGGAAUAAUGCGGGGCAUACUGUAGUCAUUGAGGGAGUUGAAUAUGAUUUCCACUUGCUUCCAAGUGGAAUUAUUCAUCCCAAUACCAAGUCUAUUAUAGGCAAUGGCGUCGUCAUACAUCUACCGGGGAUGUUCGAUGAGAUCGAAAAAAACGAAAAGAAAGGUUUGAAAACGUGGAAAGAUCAACUGAUUAUAUCAGAUAGAGCUCAUCUCGUUUUUGAUUUCCAUCAACAAGUAGACGGAUUGCAGGAACAAGAAAACAACCAGAAAGGUCAAGGUUUAGGUACUACCAAAAAAGGUAUUGGACCGACUUAUUCUUCCAAAGCCACCAGAAAUGGAAUCAGAGUUGGGGAUCUACUUGGAAACUUUGGACACUUCACUAAAAGAUUUCACGAUUUGGUGAAUAUGUAUCAAAGAAUGUUUCCUUCUUUGAAAGUGGAUACCGAAUCGGAAUUGAAGCGGUACAAGGAAUACGCCGAAAUAAUCAGACCUCUCGUUAAAGAUACAGUUUCUUAUCUGGAUAAGGCGGUUAGAGGCGGAAAGAAAAUUUUGGUGGAAGGGGCGAACGCGGCCAUGUUGGAUAUCGAUUUUGGUACGUACCCAUACGUAACGUCGUCAAACUGCAGCGUCGGUGGCGUCUGCACCGGCUUGGGGAUAUCCCCCCAUAGAAUAGGAGACGUUAUAGGAGUAGUUAAAGCUUACACGACGAGAGUCGGAGACGGACCGUUCCCAACAGAAUUACAAGAUGAGAUUGGAGAUUUGAUGCAAUCGCGAGGAGGUGAAAUCGGCGUAACUACCAAAAGGAAAAGACGCUGCGGUUGGUUGGACAUCGUAUUAUUACAAUAUACCAACAUGAUUAACGGCUAUACCGCUUUGUGCCUCACCAAAUUGGAUAUAUUGGACAGUUUACCGGAAAUAAAAUUAGCCGUAGGAUAUAAUUUGAGAGGAAAGAAAAUCGAAUAUUUUCCUUCGACUGCAGCAGAUUUAGCCGAAGUCGAGGUUGAAUACAUAUCGAUGCCUGGAUGGAAGAAGAGUACGGAGGAUGUGAGGGAAUUUAGUCAGUUACCGGAACAAGCCAAAAAUUAUGUUAAUAAAAUAGAGGAUUUAUUAAAUGUUCCAGUUAAAUGGAUAGGAGUGGGGAAAAGCAGAGAAUCGAUUAUAACGAUUCAGGACUAGUGAAUUUGAAUUUUAGUCGAAUUGUAAUUUCUGUAUUUUAAGCUUUAAAUGUGAAUUUUUCAUUUAAACACUUCCGCAGUGAUUCGGUACUUAUUUUAAUACCGUCAUUUUUACAAUUACAUUUCAAUAUUUCUUCAUAUUUAUAAAAAAGAAGAAGAGGGAAGACGUUUUCUUCCCUAUCAUAUAUUUUUCAAAAUAUUGAAAAAUACUACAAAAUUUUUUUUUUUUUUUAAAUAUUUUUGGUAAUUGAAUUUCCAACUUUUAUGCCCUAUAAUUCGUUAAAGUGAUGAUUUAAAUUACUAAAAAUGUAAUUGGCGACGGUUUUAAUAAUUUUUUCCAUUUAUAGGUAUUUAACAUUUUGCCACAUAAUCUAAUCAAGUAUUAAAAAACCAAAUAUCUUGAUUUGUAGUAGAAAAAAAUAUUAUUUUCCCCCUAUACGAUCAUUUUUCAAAACAAUUUUAUUAAAAACGUUCAAAUUUAAACCCCUAUAUAUCAAAAAUAAAAUUAUUUCUCAAGAACAGUUACAAAUUUUACAUCCUGUAUAUUGUGAUUUAGAACAAGCUUGUAAAUAUCUAUUUCGAUAGUUUUCAAUUCGACGCUCUGUAUAUUGAUACAAAAUUCUUUUUAACAAAUUCCUAAAUUUCGAUUGUUUCGUUUUAUUUUUUAAAUUGAACACCCGGUAUAUUAUGGAUAAAGUAAUUAUUCUCGUAUAUUUGAAAAAAAUCGUUUUUUUUAACUCAAUUAUGUUUUUUCAGAUUUUUUUAAUUUUUUUUUUAGUGACCCCCUCACCAAUUAUAUUAUGAACAAAUUUCUCAACGUUUUUUUAGUUAAUUGAAAAUUUUCAAUAUUCUAAUUUUAUUAUUAAAAAUUAUUUAAAUUUUUGUAAUUUAAAAAAAAUAUAUAGAAAAACCUUGUAAAUUGGGCCCCCAUGAAAAAAAUUACCGCACUAAUUAAAAAAAUCAUGAAAAGAGCACAGUAUGAAAAUUUUUAUCUAUUUUCAGGUUUUCUUCAAUUUUUUUUUCGUAUGACCCCCUCAACUAUUAUACAUUGAAUAAAUAAAUUUCUCAUUUUUUUUUGAGUCAAUUGAAAAUUUUCGAUAUUCCAAUUUUAUUAUUGAUUAUUUAAAUUUUUGUAAUUAAAAACAAAUAUAUAGAAAAACCUUGUAAAUUGGGCCCCCAUGAAAAAUGGAAAGUAUUACACUGAAUGAACAAUUCAUGAAAAGAGCACAAUAUAAAAAUUUUAUCUAUUUUCUGAUUUUUUUUUAGUGACCCCCUCACCUAUUAUACAAUGAAUAAACAAAUUUCUCAUCUUUUUUGAGUUAAUUGAAAAUUUUCAAUAUUCUAAUUUUAUUAUUAAAAAUUAUUUAAAUUUUUGUAAUUUAAAACAAAUAAAUAGAAAAACGUUGUAAAUUGGGCCCCCAAGAAAAAUACAAAAAAACCGCACUGAAUAAUCAAUUCAUGAAAAAAGCACAAAUUUGCGUUUAUUCUUUUUUUUUUUCAAAAUUUUAUAUACAAUAUAUACCAAACUUGUUAAAACAUUGUUUUGUUGAUUUGGGAAAAGCUUUCGACAAGCACAACUUGUUAACGCAAUAAAUAUAUUCGUUAUUAUACUGCUUAUACAUAUUUUGAAUAAAUACCAGUACACCAAAA